CGAGAAACAGCAGAAGAAGACACUCGUAACAUGGACUAACUAGUUUCUCCAUCAACACCGUCACUGUCUAAAUAUACGCUUAAGGAUGGCAACGACAAUGAAGUUUCGGGUUACUCACUUGACUGCUUUUCUUCUGUUCAUGGUGCUCCUCUCACGUCAUCUGGUUCAGGCUUCCAACGAACAAACGAAAACGGUGGAGUUUGACGUGAGACCGGGAGGGACGUUGUAUACCUUCACCGAGUCCAUUGGGGGGUACGAAUGCUCGUUCUCUUCCAGUGCACAAGGAGGAACCAAUGAGAACUGGCUCAUGAGUGUGGGCCUUAGUGAAGACAAAAAGCUUUUUUCCUGCUCAGUGUGGAGGCCCACAGGGAAAUCAUACUUGUUUUUCACCGCAUUCAAAUUGGAGUUGAAGAGUACCCAACUUGAAUAUGCAAAUGCAUUCUCGCAGGUGGCAGUCGCAGCAGGACAGAGUGACACAAAUCUAAAUGCAGAGGAGUUCACCGUUCAAGAGUCUGCAGUUACCCACACAGAAGGAAAGUUCAAGUCCCAACUGUCCAAGGUGACGGCGAUCGGAUACACGAGACACACAGAGCUGUGAGAACUCGGUGCUCGGACGUCACUCUCUGCGUCGAGGAUGACGCCAACUACAUAACAUUUGAUGAUAAAUAAAACCAACAAGAUCCUUUUUAGUUUUUACACGACUAUUUUUCUUCUCUCUUCUUUUUUAUUAUUUUUGGGUGCUGUUUUUCCUGAAGCAAGACGCCAUCAUGUUCUCUAAUCUGAUGCUUCUUUUACCUCAGAGGCAACAUUUCCAUAAAUCCUCAUCCCUCGUUUGUUUGGUGAAUACAAAUUAAAAGGAAAAAAAACACAGUUGUGAUGGGUGUAUACCUUGUUUACUUUCAGUGUCCUCUCUCGCUGUAGCCGCCGCCUGUGUAGGUUGAGGAAACUAUUUUGGUGUUGGACUUUUGUUUUUGCCAUCGGUCAAGCGUUCCUCGGUGGUCCCAACACAUCUAGGUGAUAGCUGGGGAAACACAAAUAAGAUGUUGAGACUGUAUUUAAAUUUUAUUUUUUUUAAACAAAGGGGCUUUUUUGCUACACUUGUAACUUCUGAUCCAAUAAAUUUGAGCUGACACUGAAAA